AUGUGGGCCAUAAACGGGUCUGAAAGGCUAGACCGGGCUACUCAAGGUGUGCUGCUCAGAAGACCACACCCCUCCAGAAAAAGGAAAUUGACACAACAGGAAACUUCCGCAUUUGCACUUUCAACCGGGGUAUCGUCGUGGAAUGCCCUUGUUUUCGAAAUAGUGAUGACGUUUGGCCUGGUUUACACAGUUUAUGCCACGGCAGUGGAUCCAAAGAGGGGUGACAUUGGUAUCAUAGCCCCUAUUGCCAUUGGCUUCAUUGUGGGUGCCAACAUUUUGGCUGGCGGUGCCUUCGACGGUGCAUCCAUGAACCCAGCCGUGUCGUUCGGCCCUGCAGUCGUCAGCUGGACAUGGGACAGCCACUGGGUGUACUGGCUUGGCCCAUUUGUUGGUGCUGGAAUUGCUGCUAUUGUCUAUGAAAUCGUCUUCAUUAACCAGACCACUCAUGAACCACUCCCCUCCAGUGAGUACUAAGUUUAAACUAAGAAAAUCUGUCUUUGUAAUCAAGUUUGCUGUCUUUGUUGUCACCAAUCUGUCCUUUUUAAGGAAUCAGUUGUCGUCUCUUUGUUCAA